GUUGACCACAAUCCUGCUCUUGGGGAGUGGAAUGAGUAAGUACUUUCCUCUCCAAGCGCGAGGUACUGGAAUCGAAAAUGACGAUGUUUUGUAAACUGAAGAUGUAAAGAAAAUAUGGCGGGUCUAGAAAUGGAUGCUGCUUGUAUUACAUACGAGGCAAUUUCUUUUGAACAAGAUGUAUUUCCGAAAACCAAAGAGCCCGUGUGGAUCCUUGGAAAGCAGUACAUCACUGGCAGAGGAGAGGAUACAGUCAGUAUUCUUAGGGAUAUCAGGUCUAGAUUGUGGUGCACAUACAGAAAAAAUUUCCAAGCAAUUGGCGGCACAGGACCCACGGCUGAUAAUGGAUGGGGUUGCAUGCUGCGAUGUGGACAGAUGAUAUUUGCACAAGCUUUGGUUUGUAGGCAUCUUGGAAGAGAUUGGCAAUGGGAUCCUGAUACAACAAACCCUGUCUACAUGCAGAUUUUGCAGAACUUCCUGGACAAGAAGGACAGUUUAUAUUCUAUCCAUCAGAUAGCUCAGAUGGGUGUAUCUGAAGGCAAACCAGUUGGGAGUUGGUUUGGUCCAAACACCAUUGCACAAGUACUCAAAAAACUAACAUCUUUUGAUGACUGGAGUUCGUUGUGUGUACAUAUUGCCAUGGACAACACAGUCAUAAUUAAUGAUAUCAAAACACUUUGCAAAAGAGAUUCGCCUGUAAAGACUCAUGGGGAGGCAACUUGUUACAGUCGCACAUCAACAGGCAGUGAAAGACGCAGAGGAAAAACUGGACUAGACAUAAGAGAUGAUGUGAAACACAAAAAACAAGCAUGGAGACCUCUCCUACUCUUUAUACCACUUAGAUUAGGACUGUCAGAAAUGAACUCUGUGUAUAAUGAACCAUUCAAGGCCUGUUUCACAUUUAGACAAUCUGUAGGAGUUAUUGGUGGAAAACCCAAUCAUGCAUAUUACUUUAUAGGAUUUUACGGUAAUAAUCUGUUGUAUCUGGACCCUCAUACAACACAGCAGGCUGUGAACCCAGAAAGAAUGAGUCUUAUUCCAGAUGAGAGUUAUCACUGUGUUUAUCCAAGCCGGAUGAACAUUUCAGAUCUGGAUCCAUCAAUAGCUUUGGGAUUUUUCUGUAAAUCUGAAGAGGAGUUUGAUGACCUUUGUACACAGAUUCGCCAACAUAUCCUUUCCGGUCACAGGAGACCCAUGUUCGAGCUGGCUGAUGAAAGACCACCUCACUGGCCUUCAUUAGAAAUACCGCCGAGACCUGGUGACGAGCUUAACUGCAGCCAGCAAUCAGAUUUCACAGAGCUUAACUAUGAGUCCGACGAGCCAAAAGAAUUCGACACAGAUGGGGAAUAUGAAAUUUUGUAGUCUUACAGAUUGCAUUGCAAUAGACAGUGAAUCGAGACUCAUAUAUUUUAUUUUGGGGCAUUUGGGGGAGGGGGUAUGAUGGGCCGUUAAAUCAAACCUGCCUUGUUUUCGUGCUCUGGGAAUGGUAAUAGAGAGUUUAAGUAACCACGACGGCGACGCCAAGGACAACGUCGAUUAAAAACUUAUUUUAAAUCUCGCGGUGCCCUUAAGUCAUUUACUUUGUUCGUCACUGUCAAAACUGUCACGAGACUGAAUCUGGGACACAGCGAUUAAUUUGAAAUAAAAAUUUUAAAAAAAUAGCCGUCGUGGUUCACGUUCUCCAGGUAACGCAGAAUUUGGUCAUUCUACGUUGUUGUUGAGCAGAGGACGGCCAAGAAAUGUACCAAGAAUUAUAAUGCACGUGCACAGCCAUUGUUCUGCUCAUUAAACCUUUCGUUUAACGCCUUUCCCGUUGCUGUGGCCCUCAUGGUUUUCUUUCUGGCUUGGUACCAUAAGUUUCCGUCAUGUUGCUUCGCAACAUGCUAAAAAACCGCGGAACCAGCCUUUUACCGAGAGACGACAGGGAAAAAAAUCGACUCUGAUUAUUUUAAAUCAUAUAUUAUACAAUUCCCUAGACGGCUAUCUCGAUGAAUGGACCACAAAACAGCGUGUUCUCGCGAAUAAUUUGAUUAUUUCACAUGUUAAAAACCACAAAGUUUUAAAAUCGCUCUGAUGGCGAUCCUGUCAAGGUUGUGUACACCUCUUUUACCUGAUUCUUUUUCCGCUUUCAAUACUUUAAAUCUUUAAAACCAUUUUUAAUCAGAACAAAAUAUGACUACCGCCGUUGCUGGUCAUGCGUGUCGCACACGCGUGUGACACGUUUUGACACGCGAAAAGAUGACGAGUUUGCGUGUGAAAAGGUAAUCUUACUUCCUCAGAGAACGGAUCAUCGCUUUCGUUUUAGAGCGGUUUUCACUCAAGUGUCAAAAGUCAUUCGCAUUGGCUUAAAAAAUCUCGCGCCACUUUCUCAACCAAUCAAAAAGUAAAACCAGAACCAGUUGUGACUGGCGCGACACGUUUUCCCGCGCUCUUUGACGGCUACACGUGUUUUUGUUUGCGUUUUGAUUGGUUAACUCAUGCGUCGUUGUAAUUUAUGAUUGGCCAAAGUUAUAACUUCGGUUUUGGUUUUACGACACUCAAUUGAAAACUGCUCUAACAGCAAUUCACAUUUACACACAUGCGGGGUUUGACGUUCUUUCGUUACAAUUCAGUUUUGUUCAGUUAAGUGUUAAUUUUAUCAUUUAACGUUUCUUAAAUAUUGGUAUUACGGGUGGAUUUUUCUUUUUCAUAACUACAUAAUCAGAGAAAGACAAAGGAGAUUGAAAAGAGGAUAGGUGUAUAAAAUGGGAAGUUUAUUAUUGUGAAUGAUUAUGAAGUUGAAUAUAUGUUUUCCCAGCGCUGAGGAAAACGAGUAUUGUAUAUGAACCAGGAGAUAUAUUUUUAAUGUAUAAUUCCAAAUAAAAUAUAAUAAAACUUUG